GGCAGAUCCGAGCAUGGCGACGACUGACGGCUACUGGGGCGCGCCGACAAGCAGCGUAGACUGGUGCGAGGACAACUACGUCUGGUCCUACUACAUUGCCGAGUGGUGGAACUCGUGGAGCAACGUGCCACCGCUCGCCUUGGCCCUCUACGCCAUGUACAAGUCGCGGCAGGCGUACGCUGACAGCGCGCAGCCGACCUCGAUCCGCAUCGCGUACCUCGUGCCCGUCAUCGUCUUUGCCGGCUCGUUUGCCUUUCACUCGACCUUGACGUUUGUGGGCCAAAUGCUCGACGAGCUGCCCAUGAUGUACGGGACGCUGUAUUUUCAUUACAUUAGCCUCCGGCACAACCCGAUCAUGAAGUGGGUCCUCGUCGCGUUCGCGGUCGGGCUCACGCUCAUGAUGGCCUUCUUUCCCGAGUCGCCCAUGCCCUUUCGCGUCGCCUACGGCACGCUGGUGGCCGCGCUCCUCGCCCGCAGCCUCUUUUUCAACGUCAACCACGAAGAUGUCGGGCACACGCGCUUGCUGCAGCUCGGCGCACUCCUGUACGUGGCUGCGUUUGGCCUCUGGCUGCUCGACCAGCACUUUUGCGCGACCGUCAAGCCACUGCAGCUCCACGCCUUGUGGCACCUCCUCUCGGGGACCGGCACAUUUGUGUGGAUCCAAUUCGCCUGCGCGCACGAGCUCUCGCGCAGCAAGAAGACGCUGCGCGUCCAGCGCAUUGGCGCCAUCCUUCCCUACACGACGGCCCACACGGCCAAGUAAUUGGUACGCAGGUAUCAAUUUUGGAUUGCUAUUUUUCAACUUUUCCAACCCCUGC